ACAUUUCGUUGUUAAGUGGAAAUAUAUAUUGUUAGCCCGAAACCCUAGCUCUUGAGAUUACGCACUCGUUUCAGGUUAUUGCAGCCGUCGGAAGAGAAAGCAGAGAAGCAAAUCAGCCAUGGGCAAAGUUCACGGUUCUUUGGCACGUGCCGGUAAGGUGAGAGGACAAACACCGAAGGUAGCGAAGCAAGAUAAGAAGAAGAAACCCAGAGGACGUGCUCACAAGCGUCUUCAGCACAAUCGCCGUUUCGUUACCGCCGUUGUUGGUUUCGGUAAGAAGAGAGGACCCAACUCUUCUGAGAAGUAGAAGCCCUUUCUGUGACCACCUUUCUGUUGCAAGAUAGAUAUGCUGGAACGAGACCUUUCUGUGAAAGGUUCUCUCAUUUGGCUAUUUUUGUAACCUUUCUUCUUAUGUUUUAAUUCUAUGAAAUGAAAUACAACUUUUUUACAUCUUGAUCUAGACACAAAAGUUUGAUUCAA